AUGCCAAAAUUGACAUUGGACGAGUUCUUCAACUAUACUGACUUUACUUCAUUAACACUUGCACCUGACAAUAGUCAAUCAAUUCUCAUUCAAACACGACAUCGCAUAUGGAAUCAUAAUAUCAGUGAGUAUCAUCUCCAUUUACAUUCGCUUGAUGAUAAGAGCAAAAUAUUAUUAACAAGACAUGCGUCCAGUUUACUUCGACCUCGUUGGCAAGGCGAAUGGAUUGCCUAUCUAAGUGGAAAUCAGUCCAAUACAAUUUAUUUGUAUUCCACUCGAAUGAAGCAAACGUUUCCUCUGCCAUUGAGUAACGAAUCGCUUCAUGCUUUCACAUUGUCAAACAUCAAUACAAGUCUCUACUUUGCUGCACGAACACCGUGGACAAAUGAGGCUGAUAAAGCAUACAAGAAUGAAUGGAAUGAUGUAAUUGAAUAUCGAGACAAAGAACGAGGUGAUACAAUCUAUCGUGUCAAUUUGGAAGAUAUUAAUCAAUUUCAAAUUGAAAUUUUGGCAAAUAUUUCAUUACGAGUCGUAGAAUUGAUUUGUUCGUCUGAUGGAAAACGUUUGGUGUAUUCGACUGAAUCAACAUUACAACACAUUGAAUCAAUGGAUGAUUAUGAAAUUUAUUCCAUUGAUUUGACUGAUCGUUCAUCUACUAUUCCACGUCGAUUAACAAACAAUCAAGCUAUUGAACGAAAUUUAAAAUGGUUUAAUAACGACUCGUUUCUUUUUACUGUAACAAGUGAAGGAUCGAUCGAUGGUGAGUAUCGAGAUACUCAAGGACGACUCUAUUCAUUCGACCUUCUCACUGGAAAUAUUCAUCGUUGGGCUAAUCAAUUUAAAGGUUCAAUAAGAGCUUACGAUUUGUUAGAAAAUGGACGACAAGGUUUAAUUAUUCUCGGUCAAUUGAAUACCGAGAUACAAGUUUAUACACAACAAUCGAUAAGUAGUCCAUUAGUUAAAAAAAUAGGUUGGAAUGGAACAUAUGAAUCGAUUGUUACUACUUAUGCUGAUAACAAAUCUAUCAUUGCUUUUCUUCAUUCCUCGUUCGAUACACCACAAGAAGUGUAUUUCGUUGAUAAUAUUGAUCAACUAACUCUUGCUCAAUCAAUUACAUAUGAAAAUAAACUUUUUAAAGAACGAAAUCUACCUAAAGGUACAUCCUAUCGAUGGUUAAAUAAAGACGAUGGAACUGAAAUUGAAGGCAUUCUUCUCUAUCCGCCAGAUAAGUUUCAGCAGAAAAAUUUGCCAUUACUAGUACUCAUUCACGGUGGACCUUAUCAUGCUGAUUUGAAUGUUUUUUAUGCCGAUUGGUAUUUUUGUGCAAUAAUGAUGGCCACUGAAGGUUGGCUUGUACUGCAACCAAACUAUCGGGGUUCAUCAGGUUAUGGAGACGAUUUUCUCUAUGGUGUACGUCUGAAAAUGGUUUCUCGACCGGGUAAAGAUAUUUUAUUUGGUGUUGAUGCGCUGAUAAGAGAUGGUAUUGUCGACCCAAGACGAUUGACAAUUGGUGGCUAUAGUUAUGGUGGAUAUUUAACAAAUUGGCUUAUUACUCAAACGACUCGUUUUAAUGCGGCGUUGAGUGGAGCCGGGGCUAUCGAACAUGUGAUCGAUUGGGGAACAAAUGAUAUGCCAACGAGCAAUGCCUAUUUUCUAGGUGGCUACCCUUGGCAAAUACCAACACAUUAUCAAGAAGAAGCAGCAAUAUUUCAACUGAAUAAAGUUAAAACACCGACACAUAUUGUUACAGGUGAAAUUGAUGUGCGUGUGCCUGUCGCAGAAAGUUAUCUAUUGGAACGAUCACUUCGUGUUCUUGGUAUUCCAACUAAAUUGAUAGUGUUUCCAGGCCAAGGUCACGACCUUAGCACCAAUCCAUGGCAUGAAAAAAUCAAAGUGCGUGAAGAAUUGAAAUGGUUACAAAAAUACGGUCACAUUUGUGUAUCAACAUGUGAGGGAUACUUGGUAUCAUCAACUCAUUCUCCAUCCAUGCAUCAAUUCAUACUAAUCAUGUUUGUCAUGUAUACAUUUAUCCUUGUCUAA